AUGUCACAGUUCUUCGAAGCUGCUACUCCCGUUGCAAUCCCUACAAACAAUGCCAACGGCGGCACCAGUGACGGCAGCAGCGCCGACACUGGCGCUGCCCCCGUUGUUGGCGCUGUCGCUCAACCCACCAUCAACCACAGGCUUUUGCUGUCGUUGAAAGAAGCUGCCAAGAUAAUUGGCACCAAGGGCUCGACCAUCACACGCAUAAGAGCUGCGAACUCCGUCAAGAUCGGCAUUUCUGAAAAGGUACCCGGGUGCUCAGACAGGAUCCUGUCUUGUGCCGGCAACGUGAUCAACGUGGCCAACGCCAUUGGCGACAUCGUUGACGUUCUUAACAAGCGGAGUUCUGAGAACGAGGACGCCGCUGAAGGAGAGGCUGAAGAGCAUUACUACUUCCAUUUCCUGAACCAUAUUUUGCCUGCCCCCUCUAAGGACGAAAUCAGAGACCUGCAGCAACUAGAAAACAUUGGCUAUGUCAGGCUCAUCGUGGCGAAUUCCCACAUCUCUUCCAUCAUUGGUAAGGCGGGCGCCACGAUCAAGUCUCUGAUCAACAAGCACGGCGUCAAGAUCGUGGCCUCCAAGGACUUCUUACCCGCUAGCGACGAAAGAAUCAUUGAGAUUCAGGGCUUCCCGGGCUCCAUCACCAAUGUACUUAUUGAAAUCAGUGAGAUUAUCUUGAGCGACGUUGACGUCAGAUUCAACAUGGAAAGAUCCUAUUUCCCUCACUUGAAGAAGUCGGCCGGCGAGCCUCUUUCACCUUCUGCCUCUUCCAACACUAGAAUCGAAUUGAAGAUCCCAGAACUGUACGUGGGCGCCAUCAUUGGCCGUGGCAUGAACAGAAUCAAGAACCUGAAGACUUUCACGAAGACCAAUAUCAUUGUGGAAAGGAAGGACGACGACGACAAGGACGAUAAUUUCAGAAAAUUUAUAAUUACCAGUAAAUUCCCCAAGAAUGUCAAACUUGCCGAAUCGAUGCUUUUGAAAAAUCUGAAUACGGAAAUCGAAAAACGUGAAAACUACAAGAGAAAACUGGAAGCUUCGGAAGGCAACAUCACCGCUGCCACUGAACAUUCUGACUUCACCUCAUCUUCGGAAGAGAAAGAAGAAGUACAAGAAGAACAUCACAAUAAAGAUGAAGAGUAG